AGGCAAGGCAAUCGAGUGAAAGUAAAUCGAGUCCAAUAAAGAAGACUACGUAUAACAAAAGCCUAUUGGGACGAUACAGAGACGUCCCGCAACGAGACAAAGGACUGCGAGCGCACGUGGGAGCGGUUUCCCUACAAAGAACCAGUUGGAUUKUGCGACCGUAGCAGUAACAUCAAAAGCUGCGUUUCUUCGGUGCAUAUGCACACGAGCUGUAAAAGACCUCUCUCCGCAACACGAGAUCCAUCAUGCCGCCUUCCUUGUUGUUUGCCAACCACGAUGCCACCAGCACCAACGACAACGGCGACGAUCAAAGCGAUUGCUCCGCGAAGAGUGCCGCGACCGAAAGUAGCACCGUAUCGGAAUUCUUGCGAAGGAUCGUCCCUCCGGRGAAAUGGUCYAUCUUUUUUCCGAACCACGCCGCAAAGUCAGAAGCAAGAAACAAAUCUGCAGACGGCAAUCACAACGAUAUUGGCAGAAAUGCCGUGGACAUGAACAACGAAAAGAAAAUCAACAACAACAAAUCCAUCGAUAUGCCCCCGUCGCUCCGAAUUCCAAUGGGGGAUGACCGCAACCGCCAACGCGAAAACAAAGCGCACCAUACCAAAUCUAGGAACGCAAGCCCCCACGACCCAAUGUUACUGCCGGACAACAAUCAGCUCUUCGACAAUUACACAUUCGACGCCGUCCCCUUCAAUGGUGACAUGGACGAUUUCCCAAAGCAGCGAACCAACCCCACAAAAACAAAGCSGCAGAAUCCGAAGAUCCAAAAUAACCCGGACACAAACAUCAAGAACAUGACCAUCGAGAUUCCGAUGGGCAUAGUGGUCGAUUCYAUCAAGAGCCGGACCAUUAGCAACAUCAGYCCGAUUGGGAACGUCAGCAGUCACGUGCUGGGGCUGGGGCAUCGCAACAAUCCCUUUUCUAGCCGUCAGAACCGUUCCGGUGGCCAUCCCGACGGUGACAGCGAUAGCAGCGACGACGAUCUCGAUCGAAUCCUUGGAGCGAUAGACGACAUUGGCGACGAUGCCCAUAACCAACGACGCCGCCGCCACGCUUCGUCGAAAACCCAUCGUUCGAAAAAGAAAUGCGAUAAAAAAGCGGGAUACCGCAAGAAACGGUGGAUCAAGAGCAGUGGUUGGUGUGCUCACAUGAAGCGCCGGAGCAAGACCGACACCCCCAAACCCGGUUCUGAGGAGAAAACACUCAAUCGAACCCUUGACACAGGUUACAGUAGUUGCGACGAAAACAGCGUGGAAGGUGUAGAUCUCCGCGAAAAAGGGGACCGCAACCAACGGCAACGCACUCCUUUCGAAGAGAGCAUUGAGGUCGAGGUGGGAGCACUGGUCAUGGAAGAAAAGCGAUCUCGUGGCAAAAAAAACAAACGCGCCACAAAAUACASCGGCGACARGCCAAAGAAUUCAAACUCGAUUUCAAUUUGGUGGUGGAUAUUGCUUGGUGUGCUCUUGGCAAUCGUCCUGGCGCUCACGGCGGGACUCCUUGUUCCUUGGCGCAGCAAAGCGGAUACGGUCGUUGCAGGAGCCCAAAAAUUCACGGAUGUCGCUGCCGCUGACGACGACUCGUUGGCCCCGGCAACCAUCACUGGUGGUGAUACCUCAUUAUCGUCCACUGCGGCCCCUUCCGUGCKGUCGAGAAUUUCUGAGCCAACCCCCCUGCCAACACGUUUGCCCGAGUCUAGUAGUAUUCCCAACGACAGCAACAAUAACGGAGCGCCUUCUACUCUUCUUUGGAAGGAUCAGCCACCGCUUUGGGCAUCGCCCGUGUUCCAACCCUCUGUUUCGGUGGUGAAUACAGAACYACCCAGCAUCACGAAGAGCCCCUCGCAAUCACCGUCGAUUCUCGAGCACGCUACUGAUGCCGAACCCGAACUGGUCUUUCUGUACGACGACGACGACGACGACGACGAUGAUAACGUUAACAGCCUAGUGACGCUCGAUAUGGGUCCCUUGAUUGGCCACACCACUCACGAAAGUGCUACGCUGUGGGCUCACUAUCUAAAACCGGCGAUGUAUUUGUUCGAGGAAGACUACAAGCUGAAGGUGAAAUUGUACGAGCAACAGCAAUCCGAAACAAAGAAUGGCCGCUCCUCGAAACCAACACUAAAGCUGAUCCGGACCAUCGACGAAGUCCCACCCGACWUGACUAGGAACAAUGCAGUCUUUUGCACCAUCGAAAGCCUCCAGCCCCUCACGGCGUACUACUAUGAGAUGUCGAUUCUCGGAARACGUGUUGGAAGAGGAUCGUUUCGAACGGCACCAGUCCCUCCAUUUUCGUUGCARCAACAGUCGCCGUCGCAAGGCGAAGACGUCGAAGAAGGAACUCCGCAAGAAAACGAUUGGGCCGAUCCAAUGUUUUCGAGAGAGAAUAUGAGGAAGCCUCAAACGAUUUCUCCAGACGAGUCUUUGCCGUUAGUUCACAAGCGCGAUGGGAAUGGCGACUACGCCGGCGUGAAAUUCGAUUACAUCCUAGCCUCGUGCAUGGAUCGAAGCGAGCAACCAGUCCAGGCCGUGUGGGACGAAAUUGCGUAUGCUUUUUUUCGAAAUCAUACCAAUGGGAAAGAGCAACACWCAUACUCGCAACACCAAAACAAGAAAUAUCCCGACUUCGCAAUCCUGGCUGGCGACACGGUCUACAUGAAGGAAAAUAUCGACGUUGACGAGCGAAACGGCGUCAAUUUCAACCGAUUGUGGGAACGGAACAAAGCACAGCGAACCGAGCCCCACUUUUCCGAUUUCAUAAGGAAUACGCCCAUGUAUGCCACCUGGAACAACCACGACUACGGAUCGGAGUGGAGCAAUGUYUAUCAGUUAGGAAAGGAACACUCCCUCCACGCGUUUCGAUCGCUCUGGCCGACUCCAAGGAGCGGCAACAACCACAACAACAACGGAAUCUACUAUAGUUUUUACUGGGGAGACGUUCACUUUAUCGUUACGGACGAUCGUUGGCACCGCGAUCCAGCUUCUGGGAACCGUCUCGGCCCCGAACAAACCAAUUGGCUUCAAUCCGAGCUCGUUCAUUCGAGGGGAACCUUCAAGGUUGUAGUCAUCGGAAGCGAUAUAAUGGAGCGAGGCUGGGGGUCUGAUCUCGAGAACAUCGGGGAUACCGUCCGCCUCCAUUCCAUUGACGGGGUCCUCUUUCACGCUGGGGACAUCCACCGGAACGAAUACAAACGCCUCAACACGGGUGGGUUCCCCUACCCCGUUACACAAAUCACAUCCAGUGGGAUUGCCAAGGUUUGGAGACGUCCCUUUGUCCACAUUUCUGUGGACACCACCGCGAGAGAAGAUCCCUUUCUCACUGCUAGCUUUUACGGGGCAUCGUCGGCGACGAUGGACGAUGAAAGUGAUACCCAAUGGAUCAACAAUCCGAACAUCACCUGCAGCUCCAUUAGGGGCGAAAACCGUGACCAGGAGCAUUCCUGUACUGAAACGAUUCGAUUGAGUGACCUGCGUGUUGUCGCAUCAUAGAAUCCUGCGCCCUAGAGUCAAUCGUAUGRAUAUCAAGGAGCCACCACAGUGAUGUAAGAAUUUACAGUAGGGCCAAGUAGAUUCAUCGGGACAAAGAUCCAAUCCAGUAUACAUAGUGGAAUAGUUUUGGCCGUCAGCUAGUGCUCUACAAAUAGAAUCAAGGUUAUAAA